CUUCUGCUCCGUGUUGCAACCUCAGUUCCCGGUGGAGAUUUUUUCCUGUAAGAAGGUUGUUACCUACCUUACGCUUCCAUGUCUUUUUUUUUUGGUAACUUCGCCUCAUUCAGCCGCCUGUUGGGAGACGACAAUGAAGAUUUCUUCCUCGCUUGACGGACUUUAACUUUUAUCCUGUUCAGCGCGUGAAGCCCGGGGAGACUCAAACAGAAUUUCCAACAUCUGGCUGACAACAAGGGGGAUUGUAUCGGCCUUCUGUCCACAAUGUCCUACAGAGGGAAAACUGACUUGUGCCGAAUAUGUGGCGGAGGUCUCCAGGGAAACCAAAGGAGGUGGCUGUUUGGGGUCCAAAAUAAGAAGACCGGUCAGCCUCAGACCCCAACAGAGUCCCUGAGAGGAGGAAGCCUGUCCCGGUCCUCGCAGAGCAGCCCCUGGGGCAGCACAUUAUCACUGGGUUCCUCAGUGUCUCUUUCCAAGUCCCAGGUGUCCCUGAACUCCCCGUCCAAAGGGAUGGAUCUGCUCUCUGUGUUGACUCACAUACUGGGGCAGUCCGUACCACGUGGCAGUGGGCAAGGGGAGUUUGUUUGUGGCAAAUGCGUAUGCAUCCUCGAGCGGGUAUUCAAGUUCGACUCGGUGAUAGCCAGGGUGAGGGUGCUUUCAUCCGAGAGGCUUCAGAAGCUGAUGCAGGAGAGGGACAAGAUCAGACAGUGGGUGCGCCAAAAGUACCACCAGAGACACCUACAGGACUCCAGAGCAGGGGCAGCACCAGCGAGGAGGAUGGAGAAGCCGAGCGGGAGGGCUACAGGGAGAUGCUUAAAGAGAAUAUGGCACUCUCAGAGUAUGAGUGCUGGUCCGAGAAGUGGGACACGUGUCCGUAUUUUAUAAGAACGGGUAAAAGAUGCAGCAAGAGCAAAGGAUGUGAAGGCUGCGAUUCCUUACGAGUGUCCGACUCGGAUUAUGAGUCAGUUUGUGGGGUUCCUCGCCGAUUGCCUGUCCAACCCUUCUCCCCGUUGGCAUUGUCACGGGACAAAUCCCGGAGCAUGCCCCUCCACUGGCAGAGAGUGCCAUCCAUCAGCUCCAGCCUGUCUUCACCGGCAGGGUCCACUCUCUCUUUACAAGCGUCUUACCGCACUGAGUCCAUUCAGUCUCUGGAUUCUCUUAAUGACAACGACCCGUUUGACUCGCCGGGUGUGCAGUCAGCCAACUUUGUGCUAAAGGAGCUGAGAAGUAUUGAGGGGAAGCCGGUCAGUUCGCCAUCAGGGAGUAGGAUCCCAGUUCUGGGCAGGAAGGACGGGAGGUAUUCAGGAAAAGUUGGAGAGGUGGCGUCACCCUCAGUGAACAGGGUGCUGAACUUUGGUGAUGUGGAGAACGGGGGCGAUGAAAUGAAUGAAGAGGAUGGGGACGAGCUAACAGAGCUGAGGGACGAGUACAUGCCUCUUCAACGAGAGAGCACUACUGGCAGGAUUCACCAAGCUGUCAGGCACCUGCGAGGCCAGCUGGACCAAGCUAUGUCCCGCAUCAGGACUCUGGAGGCCGAGCUGAAACAUGGGAAGAGCAAACCAAUGGAAGUCAACGGAUCAGAAGACUGGACCCCUCUGGUCCAGCAGGAGGGUGGCAGUUCCGUGCUGCAGAGCCUUGGUCACUCCCUGCACAGCAGGGAGCGUCUGAUCCAGGAGUACAUGGGUCUGAUCAGAAGACUGUGUGUGGAGGAGGGAGCAGGGACUGAGCUGGCCAACGAGCUGAUUGAGAAACUGACAGAGAAUCUGAAGGAAAUUCUCUCUAACAACAAGGCAGCCCUGCAGACUUUGAGGACUGAAAUGACUGAGAAAGAGGAGGAGAUGGAGAAAGAGAUCGAGGGUCUAAGGAAGGCUGGAAGAGACCGAGAGAGAGACCUUGACACACUCAACACUGUGCUGCAGUGCAACCAGGAUGUUAUCAACGACCUGCGAGUAGCUCUGGGGGAGAAGGAGAGACUACUGAAGGAGGCGGAGAAAGAGAAGGAGAUGUGGAGACAGAGGGACCAGGCCCUCACAACUGUCCUGCAGGAGAAGGAGGUUCUGAUCCACUACCUCAAAGAGGAGCUGGAGAGCCAUCAGAAAGAUGUGCAGGCUGUCUCUGACACUGUGACUGGUCAGGGGUUGGCAGGAGGCAGGGCUGAGCUGGCAGUCCUGUUGAGGGACAGAGAGGAAAACAGCGCAACCUUGUGCAAGGAGGUCACCAAACUCACCACAGCCCUGCAGGAAUACCAGGACAUGGUGCAGAACCAGCAGGAGAGUCACAGUCAGACGGUGUCUUCUCUGACAGCUCAACUCAGAGACACUCGGCAGGAGCUGAGGGAGAAGGAGAAGGAGAAGAAGGAGACUCAUAGAGCCUGGCAGAACAACAGAGAGGACAGAGAGAGAGAGGAGAGGAAACUCAGAGAGAGCCUGGAGAAGAGAGACAAACUUAUAGAGCAAAUCCUGUUGGAUGCUGAGGAGCGGGACCAUCUAUUCACAGAGCUGCAGCAGAAUCUGCAGAACAAACGUGAACCUCUGACCGCCAUUAAACACACACUGUGAUAAGACAACAGGGCUGAUGUACUGACACAACGCAAACUAACUGCACAGGCGGAAGAUUACUUUUGCACUUUCUGCACCACCUUUUUGACACUUCAGCGUAUUUAUUGUGGUGUACAUUAAGUCUGUUUUUAUUUAUAUGUCUACUUGUCUUGUUCUGGCAUUGGCUGAAGAAAGGUUUAAUUUCCACAAUUACUACUGAACUCUGGAGUGAAUCAGUAAAUUCAUAUUUAGAGAGUCAGACAGCGUCGGGUCUAGCAUCUUCUAUCUGGAUAUUUAAUACAUUAUUUAAAAAUCACCAGAUUACUGUAAUUAGUUAAUUUUUUGAAUGUAACAGGCCUAAUGGUUAGUCAGUGAUAUAAUUUUAUGCAGUGGGAUUUUUGCUGAUACAACAUUUUUGAAUGGUAUUGUUAGUGGAUCUAACAUUUGUGUGUGAUUUGGGUACGAUGGUGCUUUCCAUCUAAAUUUGUUGUCUCUAUUCUGUGAAGGUCUAUGAGUGGUGUCUUGUGUUUUUCUUUACUUUCUCAGUACAGAUCUGCCAAGUUUUUGUACUAUCUUAGCACUUGAGGAGGGGAAUAUGUAGGAUCAUUUUCUGCUUUUGUCUCAAAUUUUUUUUUGAAGUAUUUUCAGUUAUCUUUAAUGUUUACAUGUCUUAUUAGACUUGGACUUGUUAUUGGAGACAUUUUCUUUCUUUUAGCUCAAGAGAAUUAAACACUCUGAUCCAAAUUACAA